UCUUUUAACUUUUAUGUUGUAUAAUAUAGGAAUUUAAAUCGCAAAAUUUAUUUAUAACGUCUAUUAGCAUUAUUGUUUGCACACAUGCUAGUUAGCAACGUAGCGGAGUAAACGCGAGUAGCUGGCAUGCUGGCUAACUAGUUCAGUGUUUGUGUAAUAAACUUUUUUUUUGUAGUUUCACGGACCUAACAAGCAUGGAAUUAGGAAAAGCUAAACUUCUGAGGACUGGACUCAAUACUUUGCACCAAGCCAUUCAUCCUGUCCAUGGGAUAGCCUGGACAGAUGGGAGACAGGUUUGCCUCACCUCAUUCUACUAUGUUGCCGGUGAGCCUAAAUUUGGGGACACAAACGUAAUUGGACAAUUUGAACAUGUGUUUGGACUUUUCUGGGGACCUCUGUGUUGCUCGGGGUCUCCUGCUCUGCUCGCGGUGCAGCACAAGAAGCAUGUGACGGUGUGGCAGCUUCAGCUGAGUGCCCUCGAGCAGAACAAGCUGCUGUGCACCCAGACGUGUGAAAUGAGUGAGCCUUUCCCACUGCUGUCUCAGGGCUGUGUGUGGCACCCCAGACAAGACACCCUGGCGGUUUUGACUAAGCAGGAUGCCUCUGUGCUGUUCUCUGUGCGAGUGGAUAAUCGUCGAGUGAAGGCAGACAUCCGUGGCAGUGGUCAAAUCCAUUGUGCAUGCUGGACUAAAGACGGAACCAGACUGGUGGUUGCCAUUGGUAGCGCUCUUCACUCCUAUAUAUGGAACGACAUCCAGAAAAGUCUGGUGGCGUGUUCAUUUUGCCCUGUUUUUGAUGUUGGGGGCCAUAUCUGUGCCAUUGAGUCUACCGAUGAGGCUCAGGUGGCUGUUACAACAGAACUGCCCCUAGAUAAAAUCUGUGGGCUUAAUGCAGGUAUUGCCUUUGAUUUACCAAAUGAAUCAAAGCCAUUGUCCUCACAUCAGUGUCCUGCUGUAAUUUCAGAAGAUGAUAUUUGCUCAGAAUCCAGGAGAAUGUCCUUUGACUCUGAGCGUUCACUACCUUUAGGGUUCAUUUCAUCCUCUGGCUCCACUGACCUUACGCACAUUCUGGCAAAACACCGAAAGUCAGACCCAAGCCCUUUGAUUCACCUGAGGCGACGAGAUCAUUUGACAGGAUCAGGUCAAGAUUCGUCACAUUUGAUUUUGGUCAAGUACGAGAAAAAGGUCACGACCACCAGGAAAGUAAGCAUCCCUGGUAUUCUGGUCCCUGAUAUCAUGGCCUUUGAUCCGCAAGGAAACAUAGUCGCGGUGGCAUCCAAUACCUGCAACGUGGUGUUGGUCUACUCCAUCAUGGCGUCCUCCAUGCCCAACGUUCAACAGAUCCACCUGCAGAAGAAUGAAAGACCUAAAGGCUUAUGCUUCCUUAGCAGCAAGCAGAUCCUAGUCAUGCUUGGCCGACAGAGGUCCAACGACCCAGCCUUCCUUCCGUCUUCCAACACGGACAAAUACAUCCUCAGGCUCGCAGCUCGGGAGCUGGUGUUUGACGAGGGCAGUUGUCCAACAUCUCCAGUUGUCCAGAAGCCUGAGUCUCCGAGUGAUCUCCAUGAGUUUAGGCGUCAUUCGGAGGCCUACGCUAAAGAUUUUGCAGUGAAGGACCUUGUUCUUCCAGGGGGAUCAGUAAACCUGUCAUCAAAUAUCAGGAAGAAGCUAAUUGAGGAAGUGUGUACCUCCGAGUCAAGCUCAGCCGACUUCUCAGACAGAGCCACUUCCAGCACCUCCUCCAUCACUUUGGAAAACUACGAUAUGGAUCAUGUCAAUCGCAUGGCCACGCUAGCAAUAGCCAGCCAUGCCAACAAUGAAUCCACUCGACCAUCUUCCCCUCGAUACACAGCAUCAGAAAAGUUGCUCACUGAUUCUCCUCUGCUGAAGAACAGCUGUCUGGCAAAAGAGAAUAACCUCGAACAACUCGCAAACAACAUGGAGAAGAUAUUUGCCCGCUUUGCAGAGGUGCAGCAGUGCCUCUCAGAAAUCAAAGACUUCACCCACAAUGGGAAAAAGCUCAUGAGCAGCUACCCAUCUGCUUGUGAACCACAAUAUGUCCAUGUUACGUGUCAGACGCAGCUGUCAGAGAACGUGUACACGGAUGAAAGGAGACCAGUGCUGUUGUGUGAAGGGAAACUCUGUCUCCGAGUCCUGCAGGAACUCUUCAACCUGACUGUUAUGGAGAUGAUGCAUGGGCCAAUGUGGAUUAUCCUAGUGGCCGAUGCAGACGGAUUUGUACCGCUCACUUUCAAGCACCAGGAGGAGCUCACCAUACGGAGUGCGAAGAGGAAGCUUCCCUUCAAGUCUGCCAACGGGAGCAAUGACCUACCUCUUGAAAAUCAACAAAUAUAGAACAGUGAUUUUGUGCAUUGUAGCCUUUCCAGUCCAAACACUCCCCACUCCACUACUGAACAUCAUGUUGAGAAGACAAUGCCUCAUAAUGAAUGUUUACAGGGCAAUAGUGGCUUUGUUGUAUAUAAAUGAAGACCAGUUCUAUUUUUAUACAUCAUAAAGAAAAUACUCGAGUGCCUGCUUUUAUGGUUUAAUAUUUAUUGUUGGUGUAAACACCUGUCAUGCAUCUCAGGAGAAAAUAGAUUGUUAACAAAUAAAAUUGUAAUGAUUUA